AAGAAGGAGAGGACCAGUCCAGCAAGCCCAACGCGACGCGAGUGCAGCGAAGCCACAGAGGUCCUGGUCAUCAGCUUCAAUCAAGAGCGGUACGUCUCGCUCACGGCAGAAACGUGCGAACGUGAUCCGGAUUCCAGAGUUUUCCAGUCAUCGACCAGUUGGACCGCUUCGCUGAAGUCGGCGAGCUCCGCAAGUAGCCACUCACGUGGCUCCCAAGUACGACCAGCGGGACCGGUAUACCCAGCCAAACCACUCUGUAUUCGUAGGCACCCAAGUCACCACGUCGAUCGACGAUGGAUCACACGGCGUAGCGACGUUCAGCAGCGGCAGCUUGAUGAUGACCAAGAUUCAAGUGAUCUUGGAGUUGGCGAGCUGUCAUGCGGUCAGUCACGCGCGUGGCAACAGAUGUAGAACGAGACAUGGCAACCCGAUGAGCGGAUUCUAUUCGCACGGAGCGAGCGCCAACAGGUAACGGCAGGUGAAGGACCAGAACAGCGCGAGUUUACAAGCGCGAGGGGCGAAGUUCUCGACGGGUGCCGCCAAGGACAAAGGACAUCAAGACGAGAAGCGACAUGAAAUUGAGGACAAGCUUCAUCAAUUAUGGAAUGCUAUUCUAUUUGGGGAGGGCGAGUGUAGCAAGUUGACUGCAUAUGAGAAUUGAGA